AGAGAUCACAGGAUCUAUGGCUGGGACAGGGAGAAUCCACCUAAUAAUUGAAGCCUUUAUUAUUUUCUCCGAAUGCUCGGAGUGAUGUGGUUUUAUAUUAAAGUACUCUUUUGCCAAGUAUUGUUAUAGAAUAGUACAAUUAAGUACUUUUUUGGUUUUCUAUCUUCAGCAAAUGAAAGGAUAUGUGGAGCUGCUGCAUCACCACAUUUGCUUUGAAGCCAAAGCUCAGAAUACCCAAAAUACUAAAAUUAGCCGGGAAUCAAACGACUGAAUGCGUGUCAGGAAGCUGUCGCAUCUGAGGUAUGUGGCCAUUAGGAAUACAUGCAACACACUGAUGUGGAAACGCUCUUUUUUCCGGCUUUUCUCCACGCACAAGAGGCAAUGGCUAAGCUAAAGCAGGAGGAAUAAACACAAGUGCACUUUUUAAUUCCUUAAUGCUGUUUCGUCUUCUGAAUUGGAGAUGAUUGUGUUAUUUCUCCUGUUUUGCACUGUGGAUGGAGUGCUUUCCCAGAUACGAUAUUCUGUUCCUGAGGAGCAGGAUCAUGGCACGUUUGUGGGAAAUAUUGCUGAGGAUUUGGGCUUGGACAUAACAAAACUUUCAUCGCGCAGAUUUCAGACUGUGCCCAGCUCACGGACUCCUUAUCUGGAAGUCAAUUUAGAGAACGGGGUGCUUUUUGUGAAUGAGAAAAUCGAUAGGGAGGAAAUCUGUAAGCAGAGUGCUACCUGCCUACUGCACCUGGAAGUCUUCUUGGAAAAUCCGUUGGAGCUUUUUCGUGUGGAAAUUGAAAUAGUGGAUAUCAAUGACAACCCCCCGAGCUUCCCAGAAACCGACAUCACGGUGGAGAUUUCGGAAAGCGCCACCCCGGGAACUCGCUUCCCACUGGAGAGCGCGUUCGAUCCAGACGUCGGCACCAACUCGCUGCGCACGUACGAAAUCACCACCAACAGCUAUUUUUACCUCGAUGUGCAAACGCAAGGCGAUGGUAACAAGUUUGCUGAACUUGUGUUGGAAAAGCCGCUAGACAGGGAGCAGCAGUCGGUUCACAGGUAUGUACUCACAGCAGUGGAUGGCGGUCUGCCUCAGAGGACCGGCACUGCGCUUCUGGUCAUUAAAGUGUUAGAUUCCAACGAUAAUGUGCCGGUCUUUGAUCAGUCAGUGUACACUGUGAGCUUGCCCGAAAACUCUCCAGUGGGUACGCUUGUGAUUCAGUUAAAUGCCACCGACAUGGACGAGGGAAAAAAUGGGGAAAUCGUGUAUUCGUUUAGUAAUCACAUAUCCCCGAGAGUGAGGGAGCUGUUCAGCAUCGACCCACGGACAGGCAGGAUUGAAGUGAGCGGAGAGGUUGACUACGAAGAAAGCAAUAUGUAUCAGCUCUAUGUUCAGGCGAAGGAUCUAGGACCCAACGCCGUUCCUGCUCAUUGCAAAGUUUUGGUCAAAGUAGCUGAUAUAAAUGACAACGCACCCGAGAUCAGCUUCAGCACAGUGACCGAGUCGGUGAGCGAGAAGGCUGCCCCUGGCACCGUGAUCGCCUUGCUCAGCGUCACCGACAGGGACUCCGGUGAGAAUGGGCAGAUCCACUGCGAAAUCCUGGGAGACGUACCUUUCAAGCUGAAAUCUUCGUUUAGGAACUACUACACCAUCGUCACCGAUGGGCCCCUGGACAGGGAGAACGCCGACUCGUACACCAUCACUGUGGUGGCAAAGGACAAGGGUUCUCCCUCACUGGCCACCAGCAAGUCUAUCAAAGUGCAGGUAGCAGAUGAGAACGACAACGCCCCAAGAUUUACGCAGCCUGUGUACGACGUAUACGUGACUGAAAACAAUGUACCAGGGGCUUAUAUUUACGCGGUAAGUGCAAUAGACCAUGACAUUGGACAGAACGCCUAUAUUUCUUACUCCAUAUUGGAGUGUGAUAUCCAGGGCAUGUCGGUUUUCACCUACGUGUCUAUCAACUCUGAGAACGGCUACCUGUACGCACUGCGUUCCUUUGAUUAUGAACAGCUCAAAGACUUCACUUUUAUGGUCCAAGCAAAAGACUCGGGCAGCCCCUCACUGUCAGCCAACGCCACUGUGAAAGUGAUCAUAGUCGAUCAGAACGACAACGUGCCCUCCAUCAUCUCACCUCAGGGUAGGAAUGGCACGGCCAGAGAACAUCUACCCCGGUCAGCCGAGCCAGGGUACUUAGUCACUCGGAUAGUGGCGGUAGACGCAGACGACAGCGAGAAUGCCCGCUUGUCCUACAGCAUUCUGAGGGGAAAUGAACUGGGUAUGUUUCGUAUGGACUGGAGAACUGGGGAGCUCAGGACUGCUAGACGGGUCCCAAGCAAAAGGGAUCCUCAUCACCCCUAUGACUUGUUGAUAGAGGUAAGAGACCACGGGCAGCCGCCCCUCUCCUCCACAUCCAGCAUCUUAGUUGUCAUCGUGGACAGUAUCGUGGAAGGCCGCAGUGGGGAUCACGGUUCAGCUAAAACCAAGGAGACCUCUUUGGAUUUAACUCUAAUUCUUAUUAUUGCGCUGGGAUCUGUCUCCUUUAUUUUCCUGCUUGCCAUGAUAGUGCUUGCCAUUCGGUGCCAAAAGGACAAAAAACUUAACAUUUAUACGUGCCUGGCCAGUGACUGCUGCUUUUGUUGCAGCACCUGCUGUAGCAGGCAAGCAAGAGCUCGAAAGAAAAAGCUAAGCAAGUCGGAUAUAAUGCUGGUGCAGAGCUCCAAUGUCACAAACGCAGCACAGGUACCUGUGGAGGAAUCUGGGAGCUUCGGUUCGCACCAUCAGAACCAGAACUACUGCUACCAGGUGUGCUUGACGCCCGAGUCUGCCAAAACUGACUUGAUGUUUCUGAAGCCCUGCAGUCCAGCUAGAAGCACAGACACUGACCACAACCCCUGCGGAGCCAUAGUGACAGGUUAUACAGACCAACAGCCCGACAUCAUAUCUAACGGCAGCAUACUGUCAAACGAGACCAAACACCAGCGUUCUGAGCUCAGUUAUCUGGUUGACAGACCACGACGAGUUAACAGCUCUGCAUUCCAGGAAGCAGAUAUAGUGAGUUCAAAAGACAGUGGUCAUGGAGAUAGUGAACAGGGAGACAGUGAUCACGAUGCCACAAAUCGGGGCCACUCCACUGGUGCUGAUCUCUUUUCCAAUUGCACAGAAGAGUGUAAAGCCUUAGGGCACUCAGAUAGAUGUUGGAUGCCAUCCUUUGUGCCAUCAGAUGGCCGGCAGGCUGCAGAUUACCGCAGCAAUCUGCACGUUCCAGGAAUGGACUCUGUGCCAGACACUGAGGUAUUUGAAACUCAAGAACAAACGGGGGAGAGAUCUUUCUCUACCUUUGGCAAAGAGAAGUCACAUCACGGCACCCUAGAGAGGAAAGAGUUUGAUGCACUUCUGUCUAGCACACGUGCGCCUUACAAGCCACCUUAUUUGUCGCGGAAAAGGAUUUGCUAGUCCAUUCUGUGUGGACAUACCUGAGACAGCAUGAAUUUGCACAAUAGUCGACCAACAAAAGCAUCAAGUUUUCAACUUCAUUAUCUUGGCCAUCCAGUUGUUUGCAACCAUUGGUUGUUCUGCCUUGGGGGACAGAGAAUAAAUGGCCAAAAAACUAGGACCUUUUUUGCUCUCAGCAGGCCUGAGAAAUGAGUUGAAACAUGGAAUUAUUAAAAAAAAACAAAUGUUGGGUGACGCAGCUCACCCAUCAGAUCUGUGUGUGCCUGUUUACAGCACCAUUUAUCUUACAAUGUCACUGAGCCCUUUAGAUGUUUAUAUUCACACCAAGAAGCCAAUUGUACAGAUGAAAGAGAAAUAUGUGCAUUAUAAAUGCAAUAUCACUGUUUUAGACUUGACUGUUUUAUAUUAUUUUUGUGUGGUCAGGUGUUCCCAAAACUUAACUUCAACUUUACAAGGAAGAUGGUUCUCAUAUUCUAUUCACCAAGUGGAUCGAAACAGUUUUUGACCAACAAUUUAAUCAAAGACAUUCUGUAGUUUAUACCAUGUGUGCAAAGUGUUUACUGUACUAUUUCAAAGCUUCUAAAUAAAUAUAAAUAUAUAUAUAUAUAUAAAUAUAUAUAUACUUUUCUUAAAAGUGUGGUAUCCAUUGGUCAGUUUCUUAUAUACCAUAGAAUUUCAGUAAACAUGCUUUAAAAAAUAAUCACAUUUAUCGUGAACAUAUCACUUUUUACCCAAAUGUUAACUUUACUUUUGAAUAUAAAAAUUUUAUUGUAAAAACUAAAUAUAUAAUUACCAUACAGAUAAUUCUUUUCUCACUGAAAGUGUCAGAAAAAUGCUCAUUUAAGUGGUAGUUAAAAUGUUGUAAAGACCAGCUUUUGUAAUUAUUGGCACACCUGAAAACAUACUAGUUUUGAAAAAAACUGUGUCUUGCAGAUUCAUUUUUAAACAACUGUUAGACAUUCUUAUAAACUGUUGAAAAGUACACAUCAAAGAAAAAAAAACACACUGUACAUGUUUGGAUUAAUAUGUCCGUGCCAUCUCAUGCCUUUUGUUGCCAUGACAGUUUACAACAGUUUAACAGUAUGUGCUUAUAUUUUCCUGCUGCUGUCUCUCACUAGCCUUCUGACAAAAAGUGAAAAGCAGCACACUAUAUAAGUGACAAUCAGGUGAGCGAGCAGGGAUAGCAGUCAGUUUAUUAGCUGUAUGAUAAAGUAGCUUGUCGUUUUUAUGGGUUUUGGUAGUAAAAUGGCGAGUUCUAAGGGCAGUAAAAUUUUAGAGUUGUCCUAAACUCAAAAGAAUGGUUUACAGCAUUAAGUCAUCAGUCCAUGCUGUUUUAAGAGGAUAGGUCAGACUGAAAAAGUGUUUUAAUAGACAAUGAAAAAAAAAAAAA